GAGAGAGAGAGAAAAGGAGGGAGUGUGCGUGAGAGGGAGGCUGGGAGGGAGGAGGGAAAGCGCUGUCGCUUCCUCCCAUCACUAAAGCAAUAAUCUAUUAGAAUUUUAUCUUUUUUUUUAACCCUUUUUUUUUCUUUUUUUUUUUCUUUUUUUUCUUUUUCCUCUUUAUAAUGUGUGCAACUAUCACCCCAGAGGUAAGAAGGGGGAGAGAAGCACCGCCAGACCAACUCUGUCAUUUCCAGUAAGAAGUUGCAGACUUGAUGUAGCUGUCUCUGCUGUGGUGAGAGAGGGAUGGAAAUUGUGUGCAGUGCAGAGUGGAAAAUACUCCCCGUCUAAAGAAGUGCACCGGAUUUUUGCUUGCUGCUUGUUUGCGCUGUUGCGUGCGCGUUAAGCACCCGAAGGAAUGCCGCUUAAUAGAAAUGAAACGUGGAGAGGAUGACUAACGACGGAACUGUGAAUUUGUUCCCUGGAGUUGCUAAUUUGCCACCCUGAAGCAACACAUAUCUCAAGGAGGAAGCAUUUGGCUGCUGCUGAUUUCUCCAAAACUGGUGGUUUACCAGAUGCAUUGUGCUGUAUCUGCUGGAACAGAUCAUUGCUUAGCUGCAGCAGAUCGUCAAAGGUAGACAACCAACUGCUGUCUCCAAAUAAGAAAUGAGAUGUAAUGCAUCCUGCAGUCCAUGCAUGCCUCCUCUUGCAAACCGCGCAUCAUUUCUGUGAGGAAACCUUUAAGUCCUAAAAUCCAGGAAAAGAGAAUAAAAACAUUAUCAUGGACCUGAGGGAAUUUUACUUGUUGGCCGCUUUGAUUGCCUGUUUAAGGCUGGAUUCUGCUGUAGCUCAAGAACUUAUUUAUACUAUUAGAGAGGAGCUGCCUGAAAAUGUCCCCAUAGGAAACAUACCAAAGGAUCUGAACAUUUCUCACAUCAAUGCUGCCACGGGGACCAGUGCCAGCCUUGUCUACAGACUGGUGUCCAAAGCAGGGGAUGCCCCUCUGGUCAAAGUGUCCAGUACCACUGGGGAGAUCUUUACAACAUCGAACAGAAUAGACAGAGAGAAACUCUGUGCUGGCGCUUCCUAUGCAGAAGAAAAUGAGUGUUUCUUUGAACUUGAAGUGGUGAUUCUCCCCAAUGACUUUUUUAGGCUGAUCAAGAUAAAAAUAAUUGUGAAGGAUACUAAUGACAAUGCACCGAUGUUUCCAUCCCCUGUCAUCAAUAUCUCCAUACCAGAAAACACUCUGAUCAACAGUCGCUUUCCAAUCCCAUCAGCAACAGAUCCUGAUACAGGUUUCAAUGGUGUGCAGCACUACGAGUUGUUGAACGGGCAGAGUGUCUUUGGCCUGGAUAUUGUAGAAACUCCAGAAGGAGAGAAAUGGCCUCAACUGAUUGUGCAGCAGAACUUGGAUAGAGAGCAAAAGGACACCUACGUGAUGAAAAUCAAAGUGGAGGAUGGAGGUACCCCACAGAAAUCCAGCACAGCUAUCCUGCAAGUCACAGUAAGUGAUGUCAAUGAUAACAGGCCAGUUUUUAAAGAGAGUCAAGUAGAGGUUCAUAUACCAGAGAAUGCGCCCGUAGGCACUUCUGUAAUUCAGCUUCAUGCUACAGAUGCAGAUGUAGGAAGCAAUGCAGAAAUCAGAUAUAUUUUUGGUGCCCAAGUUGCCCCUGCAACCAAAAGAUUUUUUGCUUUAAACAACACCACAGGGUUGAUCACGGUUCAGAGGUCCUUAGAUCGGGAAGAGACUGCUAUUCACAAAGUGACAGUGCUGGCUAGUGAUGGCAGCUCUACACCAGCUCGGGCAACUGUGACCAUCAAUGUCACUGAUGUAAACGAUAACCCUCCGAACAUAGACCUCAGGUACAUAAUAAGUCCCAUCAAUGGCACAGUGUACUUAUCUGAGAAAGAUCCUGUCAAUACAAAGAUUGCCCUAAUUACAGUUUCAGAUAAGGACACUGAUGUGAAUGGCAAAGUGAUCUGUUUCAUUGAGAGAGAGGUCCCCUUCCACCUGAAGGCAGUUUACGACAACCAGUAUUUGUUAGAGACCUCUUCCUUGUUGGACUAUGAGGGCACCAAAGAAUUCAGCUUUAAAAUUGUUGCUUCUGAUUCUGGCAAGCCCAGUUUGAACCAGACUGCCCUGGUAAGAGUUAAGCUGGAGGAUGAAAAUGACAACCCUCCGAUUUUCAGCCAGCCUGUAAUUGAGCUGUCAGUUUCUGAAAACAACCGUCGUGGUCUAUACUUAACAACUAUUAGUGCCACAGAUGAAGACAGUGGGAAAAAUGCAGACAUUGUUUAUCAGCUUGGCCCUAAUGCCUCCUUUUUCGAUCUGGAUCGAAAGACGGGAGUUUUGACAGCCUCCAGAGUUUUUGACAGAGAAGAACAGGAGCGUUUCAUUUUCACUGUUACAGCCCGAGACAAUGGCACCCCUCCUUUGCAGAGUCAAGCAGCUGUAAUUGUUACUGUGUUGGAUGAAAAUGACAACAGUCCCAAAUUUACUCAUAAUCAUUUCCAGUUUUUUGUAUCAGAGAACCUACCAAAGUAUAGCACUGUGGGGGUGAUCACGGUGACUGAUGCAGAUGCUGGGGAAAACAAAGCAGUGACCCUUUCCAUCCUCAAUGACAAUGACAACUUUGUGCUGGAUCCCUUCUCUGGAGUUAUAAAGUCCAAUGUUUCUUUUGAUCGAGAGCAGCAGAGCUCCUACACCUUUGAUGUUAAGGCAGUUGAUGGAGGACAGCCUCCUCGCUCUUCUACAGCAAAAGUGACCAUAAAUGUCAUGGAUGUUAAUGAUAACAGCCCUGUUGUCAUCUACCCGCCUUCUAAUACUUCUUUUAAGCUGGUGCCACUCUCAGCAAUUCCAGGAUCAGUGGUAGCAGAAGUGUUUGCAGUAGAUAUUGACACCGGAAUGAACGCUGAACUGAAGUACACAAUAGUGAGUGGAAAUAACAAAGGUUUGUUUCGGAUUGAUCCAGUGACAGGUAACAUCACUCUGGAAGAAAAACCAACUCCUAAUGAUGUGGGGCUGCAUCGCUUAGUUGUCAACAUAAGUGAUUUGGGUUAUCCCAAAUCUUUGCAUACUCUUGUGCUUGUUUUUUUGUAUGUAAAUGAUACUGCUGGAAAUGCCUCUUAUAUUUAUGACUUGAUACGCAGGACUAUGGAAACACCUCUGGACCGGAACAUAGGAGACAGUAGCCAACCCUAUCAAAAUGAGGACUAUCUCACAAUCAUGAUUGCUAUUGUGGCAGGUGCCAUGGUUGUCAUAGUGGUGAUAUUUGUCACUGUUCUUGUUCGCUGCCGGCAUGCAUCCAGAUUCAAAGCUGCCCAGAGGAGCAAGCAAGGUGCUGAAUGGAUGUCCCCCAAUCAGGAGAACAAGCAAAACAAGAAAAAGAAAAGGAAGAAAAGGAAAUCUCCGAAGAGUUCUCUUUUGAACUUUGUGACCAUUGAGGAGUCCAAACCUGAUGAUGCAGUUCAUGAACCCAUCAACGGGACAAUAAGCCUUCCAGCAGAGCUGGAAGAGCAAAGUAUAGGAAGAUUUGACUGGGGCACAGCACCACCAACAACCUUUAAGCCUAACAGUCCUGACCUUGCCAAGCAUUACAAAUCUGCCUCUCCACAGUCUGCUUUUCAUCUCAAACCUGACACUCCCGUUUCAGUGAAAAAGCACCACGUGAUUCAGGAACUCCCUUUGGACAACACCUUUGUUGGUGGCUGUGACACCCUUUCCAAACGCUCUUCCACUAGUUCAGAUCACUUCAGUGCCUCAGAGUGCAGUUCCCAAGGAGGCUUCAAGACAAAGGGCCCCUUACACACCAGACAGUUGUUGUCCUUUACAUUAUCUUCCAAAACUGUGAACGGUGUGCAUAUUAUGAAAGGAAAUGUGUAAUCGAUUUCAGCAUAAAGGAAAGUUCUUCAGCUUUCAUAGGAAUUGACUCAGAAAUAAUUCAGGUACAAUUUUGUGUUCCCUUUGGUCUCUUUCUUUUCUGAGAAGGCUAUCUGCUUUGGUUUGAUACUAAAUUAGUUAUAUCUAAAUGCCGCCUUCGUUUCUGCCCCCACUGAGCUUAACAGUUAAUUUUCCAGGCUAGAAUAAAGAAAUCCUUGCUUUCAUAUUUUAUCCGAUCCCCACGGUGCAAUAGACCAGUAAGAAGUAUAUAGUUCUUACCGAGUUAAGAGAAUAGGAGCACUUCUCUGAAGAAAAUUGGCUGGCUUUUACUCGCUACAUAAAAAACGAUCAAUUAAAAAUAGAAACAGCUGGAAAUGAACAUCUUCCUCUUGUCAAAGGUGAAAAUUAAAGCUCUCCAUGAUUUUGCUUUAUUUUUAUUUAUUUUUUUUUAAAGAUGAUUAUAAUUAUUUUUCAAUUAUUCUCUUACUUGCUAAAGUAACAGUGAUGGUAUUACCUGGUUGGCCUUGUUUUUUCAAAAAUUGGCUAUUAUUUGAGGUAGCACUAGCUGCAUGGACUACUGUGCACAAGAUAACAGAAUCUGUAGUUCACAGAAGAGAAAUUUUUAUCAGAACAAUCUAGGGAAAGCAAAAGGCAUCCAUUAAAAUCUGUGGGAAUUGUACAAUUGCUAUUAAAUACUUCUGAAAAGCCUGCCUUCUCAUCUCAUAUUAGACUCAGGAGGAUCACAGAACUAAAUCCUAUGGGUGUUGUCUGCUGCUUCACCUGAGCGCUCAUCUGAUCUGGAGGUUAGAAUAUUUUCAGUAGAAACUUUAGUGAUGACAAUCCGAAAAGGAAAAAAAAAAAAAAAAAAAAAGCAAGAUUUUAGCCACGGUGUCUUAAAAAGCAUAGCAAAUGAUUCUAUAUUGUACAGUGAGAAAAUCAGUGAACUUUGAUGAAGUUUCAUACUACAUCAUCAUCUCAGAGUUGAUUUUUUAAGCAAAUUAGUUUUGUUAAUUUUGUAUAUGUUUAAAGUUUUAGUUUUAUUAUAGUUCAGGCAGGGGGAAUGUGUUGUUGCUCAUUGUAUUACCUUACUAUCACACAUAUGCAUGUGCAAAUAUGUUACAGAUUUUUAAACAUGUGCAUAUACAGGAUUAUAUAUACUUACUGAAAUAUUGAAAAGUUUCCAAAACUUUAAAAAAAAAAAAAAAAAAAAAAAAAAAAAAAAAAAAAAAAAAAAAAGACACAUAGCCGUCCAAAGGUACAUUAUUCUUAGAGAACAUGUACUGAUAUUUAGUUAAUGGAAAAGGUGUCAUAGAAAACUCACAAUCAAGUUUGUCACCUUCAGAAGGACUGUUAUUUCUCUUUUCACUUAACCAACACUGCUUUACAUGUUCAAGUUAAGAACUAGUUCCUCAGAUAGUACUGUACAUUCUCUGUGCUUACAAAAACAAUGGAGGUUCUAAUUUUAUGACAUUUAAAGAUUUCCUUUACAGGAUAAAAAUAGAUGCCAGAAGUUUGUCUGAAAAUGUUGUAAAACUGCAGUCCAAAUCAACAUGAGACUUGUCCCAUACAGACCUAUUGUGCAUAUACAGCCAGGGUGAGUAUGUGCUAUAGGAGUGCCUGUCGAUAGAGUCAUCAUAGAAGGCAGAAGUGAUGAUCAGUUCGUAACUGCCAAGCUCUUCAGUUGGCAGUUCACAAACUAGAUGAGAACUGAACCUGCUAAGGAUGUCACUAAGACAUUGGCUAGCAUACAAAGGUAAAGAGUUUGUAACUGUAAGAAAACAUGAGGUGUGUCCACAUGAGUAUUUAUUAUUCCACUUGGGUUUACUUUCAUUUUAUUAUUUUUUUCUUGGUGUUAAAAUCUUCAUGAUCGGAACCACUCACAGUCUUGUUCCUGUAAAAGUUUUGCAGAUAUUUUCAAACCUGGGAAAUAUUUUCAGGUACUGGUACUGAGCUGAGCUGUCAGAUACCAGGAUUUCCACGUCAGUUAUAUAGGACUAUUGCACUCUGUUAGAAAAUAAAAUCCUUGUCAGGAUCAUGGCAUGGCAUGGUUGGGCUCUGUAUGUGCUGAUGAGAAAGCCUGUCCUGAGCAUCUUCUUAGACAAAGUCUAUGUGUAAAUGUAGUUUUGGCUAAUGCAAGCAGCGUGCAGACUAGUGUGGCUUGUUUUGAAGUGCAUGGCACUGAUAGUAAUUUUAGAAAACUCUUAAGGUCAGAAUUAGACAUAUAAGCUUUUUUUUGCAGUCAGAUUUCUCUUUUGGAUAUUGACUGGGUACUGUUGUUCAGAAUGCAUUAGGAUCAUUUAAACUAAUUGCAUUUGAGCCUUUUAUUUUCAUAUAAGAAACUGCAUUUGGCUAAGUGUUUUACCAUAAGAGUAUCCUGCUGUUUUGAAGUGUUGGAAAGCAUACAAAGCCGUGUGGCUGGUAUUACUGGCAGAUCAUUUUCUUAUUAAAUUCAGCAUUGAAAUCUCAAUUAUUUUUAAAACUACUCAUAGAAAAAUGAUUCCAGUUUUCCUUUCAGUAAUGAAGGUGUUAAAUUUGGGGUAGGCUUCAGUAGCCCCAUCAAACUAACAUGAUUCUUCUGAACAGAAUUUUCCACGUGCUCUGUGCCCAUCAAAGCCAAUGAAUUAAACUAGCUCAGUGAUAUGGUGGUAGUGCACACUCCUCUCAUGGGCCAGUAAGUCUCAUUCUUCCAACAGGAUGCUAAGAACCUUGACUGAUGUGUUCAGGGCAGAUAGAUCAUAUCAUCACAUUCAUAAAUGCUACUCCAGAACAGAGUAAAAUCAUCCUAGAGUCUUAAGGGACAAAACACCAGUGAAAGUCAGCUAUUUCCAGAAGUCAAGUCAGAUCUGAAAAAUAAAAUGUUGCAAUGUUAAAUGUCUGUGUUAACUAAAAAGAGCUUUAUUUUAAAGCUUCCUCUAUUUUGCAGAUGAUUCUCAAGAUUUGUCUGUUUCUUCUUUGUUUGUUUUUGUGAUUUGCUUAUUUAUUCACCUUUUCAUAUUAUUUCAGAAUUAGAAUCUCUAAAUAUAUAGACCACUUCCUCUUAUUUAAAGAUUAUGUUUGGAUAUAUCUCUCAGCACAAACCAUGGUGCAAUUAAUAAAUGAACAAGCUUUUCUGUAGAAAGAUCAGUAGCUAAUCAAUCACAAAUCCUAGAUAGGAGCUUGUAGCUCUUACUUUUUCAUGUCAGUAGAAUUUCACUAAGGUUUACGACUUCAGUAUAGUCAAGCAUAUGUAAGGCUGUUUGUUGUUGGUUGAUUGGUUGGUUUUCCUAAUUUAAGGAUUUUUUAUUAUUAUAUUUUUUAAUUUAAAACAAAAAAACAAACAAAAAAACAAACAAAAAAACUAUGGAACUAUGAAUAUAUGGAAAGAUAGAAGUACUCAUAUUUCUAUUGGGAUAGAAACCUGGUGGCUUGCUCUAUGUGUGCCUUGUCUGUGCAUGUGAAUGCACAUGAGACAGGCAGAAUAUACAAACAAAUUACUUUGCAGUGUAAAAAUAUUGAAUUAAAAGGAAAAACAGUGGUGUUUAUAGAGCAUCUCUUAUUUAACUCAAGCAGCCCUGGAAAGCAAUGUUCCCUGUAAUCUCUCUUUAACAGAUUCAAGUGGAGGAAAGCCAAGUUGUUCAGUUGCACAAUAGGUUGCAAUCAUGUGGGAGAGUUCCCAGUUGGGAGUUGAAAACUGAAAACCUGACAUGCAUAAGUGAAUGAAUCUACCCUACAUGAUGUGUUGAUUUAAGAUUUUCCCCCCUCCUUAAAAAUACAGCUGGGCUUCUGCCUUUGUCUGGGUACAGAAGAGGGAACACUUUGUGAGACAGAAAAUAAGUACUAAAUUGACAUUUUGGAUGUUGCUGAUAAUUUGUCCUGACAUUAUGAAUAUUGCUUGAUCCAAGAGCCAAAUUUAAUAGACUGUAGUUGUAAUUUCCUGCCUUGCAGACUGCAGAGAUGUUCCAGUGUUCCUUCACAACAACAAUCAGGGAUUACUAAAUAACAAGUCCACAGGAUUGGGGGAGGAUUGAAAGGAUUAAUAGAGUAUGACAAAAUUGCACCUGAGGGGAAAAAUCUGUAGCAGUUUUUGUAUGGUGAUGUGGUAGAUCAGGCAAAUUGGCAACUGCUACUGAUCUUUACACAUUCAUGUCUUCAAAGAAAGUGUGUGAAAGUCAAAUGGAAUCCAGCUAUGUGGCUAAGGCUGUCAUAAACAUUUAUGUCAUCAAAUGCAUAAAUCACUUAAUACUAUCAUUUUAUGUAUCUCCAUGAUCAACUACUUUAAGCAUCAGUAGAUUGUAAGCACUGUUCUAAAUCAUUUUUCAUUCUGCUCUAACCUCUUAUCUUGCUAAACUAAAUCCUAAAAAAAGAUUAAAAAUACUGAGUUAGUCUAACCCUUAUGCUCAAGGAUAAUUAAAGAAUACAGUUCUGUUUAGGAAGAAGGUUUUCAGCUGUAGAACUUUAUAUAUAUAUAUAUGCAUAUAUAUAUAUAUAUAUAUAUAUAUAUACACACACACUUAAUUAUACUUCCACAUAUAUAUAUGCAUACUUAUAUAAAUAGUUUUGUCGUCUUCAUUUACAUUCUAACCCAAUGUUAAAUAAAACCCCUUCUAUCCCUCUAAUUUAUACCUAUUAAAAGCAACAAUAACAAUCUUAGCUGAAAGUUAUUAUGAGAUACUGAUGUAUUUUUAAUAAAACCACUUAGCACUUUGAAACAUCAAAAGUUUGUAAACUGAUACUUGUUUUCUUUUUUCACUGGCUUAAAUCAAGAUUGCCACCACUAGUGGUGGUAGGUUUAGAUCAUAUGUAAACAAGGAGAAGCAAGAACAGAGCUAUGCAGCUGUAUAAAUAAUUAUUUGAAUUCUAACUUUUCCUUGAAAAAAUAUCUAUUAAAAAAAAAAAAAAAGAGAGAGAGAGAGAGAGAGAUAUGUUUUUGGCUUAAGUGUGAUGGUUUUAGAUUAACAGAUGAAACUAACCCUUCGAGAAAUAAAAUGUUUCUUUUUCACAAUUUGGUAUAAACAUUUAAAGAUUAGAAAAAAUAACAAGUAGUACAAAGAGCUAAAGUUUUGUCUAUGUAGAUCAACACUAGAGAGAAAAAUUUAAAGAAAUAAAAAUCGCAAACAUUCAUGAGUUGCUGUCUGAGGUCAUCUCUCAUGCAUUGUGAACUGUUUAAGGAAGCUCUUCUUCAGCGGCAGUGACUGAAGAUCUUGUAGUUAUUUAGACUUGUUACUAGAAAAACAGCAAACAGUUCAUUAAUUCUAUUAGCCAUCUUUUCUGCACAUGUGAAUGUAAUUGUCAAGUAUUCCUACUGUAUACUUAAGCUGUCAGAGAUUCUGGAAGGCUUCGGUUAUCCUCUUUGAAGAUAUCAGUUAGGAAGGGGUGGGCUAUUUUGUAUCUUUGAAACGGAAAUGGGGAAAGAAAAAUGCUACAUUAUGUAAGCUGAAAGAUUUAUUUUUAACCAAAAAUGACAUUCUAAUACAAAAGCAGGAUUUCUGACUCCUAAAGCUUCUGCACAGAUUUAUUUAUUUAUUUAUUUAUUUUAAGACAUCUUAAAAGUACAGACUGUCAGUGUGCCAUUAGUGUUUUCCCUAAACCUGUCUUGUCUCUCGGAGCCAUGCCAGGGAAUUCUUAUUUCUGUUAACUUUGGUUUCCUGAGUCAAUCCAUAGUGUCUCAUACUACAUACUGCAGCAUGUUGUAGACAGAUGGGUGCAGCCUGAUGCAUUAGAAGGGAUGUUGCAUUCUUCUUGCAUGCAUUUUAGACAUAAUCAUGGUGCAUUUUUUUAAUGAACUAUCUGGUAGUUUAGCGUACAGAAAAAGUGAAAAAUGUCAUUUCAUUACAAGCAUUUCUUCCUGUUAAGAGGGGUAACCGCCAAAAUCUAGUAUACUGCAUUUAGCAUGAAAGAGCAGAAUUUGAGAAUUAGGAAUUCAGCCAAAUCUAGAUUACAUCUGAGUUGGAGUGUCUGUCUCUAAGUGAUCACUGCUAUUGAAUAGUGGUUUUGCCAGAGAGAAUAAACGUCUUUCCAUAGAACAGUUAUAUGUAAGGCUGUUGUGUGUAAGAGGCUUUAUUAGGUGAAGUCCUGGAAAGAACACGAGCAUUCCAUUUUCCCAUGUGCUUAAAUAAUCUAGCAUGCUCUCCUCUGGAGAUCUUCAUGUCCCAAAAUUCUUUGAUGGUGUUUUAAAAUUCUCAAUUUGUAAUUACAGGUUUCAGUGUAUUGCUUUUAUGUUAGCAAUAAGGAAUGCAAAGCUUCCUUGACCUCUGCAAUGUUUUGAGCUGUUCAGAUGAUAGCACGUUACAGAGUGGUUAAACAGAACUUGCAUACCCCCAUCAUUCUCUAGUGAAAAGAACAUUAAAUUUUUUAAUUUAUUAUCAACUAAUGAAUUUAAUGGUAUGCUUUUUCCACAGUUUAAACCGCAGUCCCACAUUCCCUAUACAUGGUUUGUUUAGCUUUGGUGUUGAAAACUUUGCUUUCUCUUUAAUGAUCUAAUUUUGUAUCAUGACUAUAAAAAAUUAGUAGGUUGCUGUUCACUCUUAGGUCCCAAAAGAGGAAACACACUUUACAUACUUCUUAAGAUUACACUUUGUUACAGUGUGAUGAUGAUUUUUCUCUAGAAUAUCAAAAACAGAAAAGGAGGUCCAUGUAUUGGGUAAAUUUUCCCUCUAUGUGUGAUGUAAUGUAAUGAGUAAUCAUAAAUGUAAAACACUUGAUGUGACAAUUUUCUAUAUAAUGAUUAUGCAGUAGUUAGUAGCCACAAUAUACUAUAUUAUCCUGUUAUGUAUUUGGGAGGUGGACGCUAUGGAUUCAUUAACAUGGUUUAAAUUGUAUAAGUAGUAUCAGUUCAUCUGAUGGAUGCUCUUUCCUCAGCUAGAGAAUUAUGAAUUUACAGUGUUGAUUUUUUUAAUCUUAUGAGCCACUACAGAGUGGAAAAUAUUUAAGGAUAGCAGUGUAUGUACUUCUAUGUAUUACUGAGUGUUAAAUAAACAAUCAAUUGAUUGUUAAAUAAACUAAUAUAUAUGUAAUGCAUUAUAUUUAUGCAAAAAAAAAAAAAAAAAAAGCUGCAAAAAUCAGGUGAAGUGUUUCACUUACUGUAGUAAUAGGUACCAUUGCUAUGUAUUUAUCUAUGCAUAGUUUAGGAGAGAAGAAGAUGCUGUUAACAAUUCUGUAAUAUUUUCUUCAUUGUAGUGGCCAUUGAAUUACAUAAGAAUUCACUGGUAUGUAUAGUAACGAAUCUUUAAAACUAUCAUUUCUAAUCAGUGUUGGACAGUGGAAAUAAACAGGUAUCCUCUUAAAAAUGGACCUUUGUACACUUUGAGUAAAGAACUACAUAAAAAGGAUAUAAAAUAGUUGUACAUUCAAAAUGUAUUAAAUUCCAUUUUUGCUUUGCUAUAUUUUGUAAAACAUUUCCAUUGUAAACAGUAUGCCUCUCACACAUGUCAAAUUGAAACUCUUUAUUUAAAAAAAUAUAUAUACCUAAUGUAAUUGGAAGCUUAUUGCACUCUCAUAAAUGUGUAUAUUGUGACUUAAAAAAAAUCUGUACUGAACUUUGCUUAAACUACUAGUAUGUGGAUUUCUUUCAAAUUUAUUUUCAAUUAAUGAUAUUAAGGAUAAGAUCCUUUCUAAAUGUACUUUAAAAUUCACAAUAAAGUUUCAAAAGUUUUUUUGUA